AUGUUUAUCUCGAUACCGAUCCUCUGCACCGGCGGCAUCAUGGCCACAGCGGUUAAUGGUUACAAGCUCGCGUUCCAUAGCAGCGCAUCGGGUCAGUGUAGGGGUCAGUUCUUGGGUUCCUGGUCCGGCGGUUCUGACGCGGGAUGUCGCACGGACUAUGUGGGCGUGGCCCAAGAUGUUGUUGUCACAAACGACCGCGACGGGGACCAUGAUAAUACCGUGAUCUUCUUUAGCUCGGAUGACUGCAAUGACGCGAAUGCCAUUGUCAUGAGCCAAGGUGGCUGCAUGACGAUUGACUCCGAUGUCUCAAGCUACAGCUCCUUCAAGGUACUCGACGCGACCACGAGAGGGAAUCGAGACAAUACCGAAAACCUCGGGUCGCACGGCGCUGAUGUACCCCCCGCUCAUCAUGGAGACGCUUUCGAGUACGAUAAUGCAAUCUAUCGUUGGCACCAACUAGCCCAGGGAGUCUGGUCCGGCGUUUUGGCUGACGAAUGGGAUGACAAUAUCCAUGUCGCGGGUAACGAUGUGUUGGAUACUCCCGAGCCUACCCAUUUGGAGAUGUGA